AUGUCCUUCUUCACCAACCCGUUCGCCGCCCCCUCGGCGCCCCCUCUCCCGACCGCCAUCUCCACCGCCGGCUCCUCGUCGCUUCCCAUCCCUGCCAGCCUCCGCCGCUCGUCGCGCGCCCGUGUCGCCGCACCACCCUCGUCGACCGACUCGUCGCCGUCCAACCUGCCGCCGCUCGCCGCCCUGUCGACCUCGGGACCCGCAGGCGCGCCCGUGAGCCCUGGAGCCAUGGCGCCAGCGCCCGGCGGCAUCACGUUCGUCUCGCCGUUCGCCACCGCGAGCACCCAGAAGCGCGGCUCGAUCGCCCACAGCACCAUCACCAUCACGCCCGGCCGCCGCCCGAGCACCCCGGGCUCGCCCGCCCGUCCCGGCACCGGCCGCUCGUCGUCCCUCACGCGCUCGGCGUCGGGCGAGCACUCGCCCGUCCUGCCAGCGUCCCGUCGAGCGUCGGUCCAGGGCACGUCGUCCCCGCUGUGCUCGCCCGCCGCCGGCACGUCGGCCGCCGCCCCGUUCUUCUCCAACUGGACCGCCGGCGCCCUCAGCAGCGGCGGCCUCCUCAAGGUCACGCCCGACUUUACGCGCAGGCGCAGCGUCGACGUCGGCGUCCUCGGCGUCGGCACCCACCGCAUGUACGGCGUGACGGCCAUGAGCCGCCGCGUGCGAGACGCCGUCGGGCCCGACGCGGGCGACAAGGAGACGGGCGUCGUCGGCGCAGGAGGCAAGGGCCGCAAGGACAGGCUCCUCGGUCGUCAUCUCGCCUCGCUUCUCGCGCACUCGCUCGCCCUGUGCGCCGAACCUCGAACCGUCGAGGUCGAACCGCCAGCCGCGGUCGAGCACCUGUCCGAGCCGCCUGUGCCUCAAGUACAUCGCCUCGAGGCGAUCCCGGGCUCGCCGGCAAGCUCGUCAACGCCGUCCCGCAACACGUCCGUGUCGGCCGACUCGGCCUUCUUCAACAACGCCGGCACGAUCCCGCCAUCCUUCCCCAACGACGACCCGGCACCUUCGACGUCGUGCGAACCGGGCCCGUCUCGCCUCAACGUGCCGGCCUUUCCCGUCGUGUCGCAGAGCCGGCGGUUCUCGCUCAUCGCCAACCUCCAGAGCUGGUCGUUCGACGCCAUGUCGUACUCGCCCGACGACCUUCUCGCCUGUGUCGGCAUCAUCUUCGAGAGCGUGCGCAACAUGGAAGGCGUCGACUUUGACCUGCACCGGUUCAAGCACCUCCUCCUGUCGCUGCGCUCGGCCUACCACGCCCGCAACGGGUACCACAACUUCAACCACGCCGCCGACGUCACCCAGGCGUGCUACUCGUUCCUCGUGCGCAUGGGCCUCGCGCCGCCGCUCUUCCUCCUGUGCGAGGAGGACUACGACGCCAACCUCGGCGAGGGUCGGCGCAAGUGGAGGAGGAACCGGGCCGUCGAGGAGGGCGGCAUGGGCGAGCUGUUGCGGCCCAUGGACGUCUUUGCGCUCCUCGUCGCCUGCAUCGGUCACGACGUCGGGCACCCGGGCCUCACCAACGCCUACAUGGUCAACGCGCGCGCACCGGUCGCCCAGGUCUACGACGACAAGUCGAUCCUCGAAAACUUCCACACCGUCACCUUGACGCACAUGCUCCGCCGCCACGGCUUCGACUACCUCCUCGGCGGCGACUUUGGCCACCUCGGCGACCAGGCGACGCCGUUCCGCAAGAUUGUCGAGGCGUCCAUCCUCGCGACCGACAUGAGCCGCCACUUUGCGUUCGUCACCGAGAUCACCGACAUGGGCAAGCGCGCGCAGCGCAAGGGCUCACCGAGCGUGAGCGCGGGCCGGGACCUCGAGGCCGACCGGCUCCUCCUGUGCUCGGGCCUCAUCAAGUGCGCCGACAUCAGCAACCCGACUCGCCCUCACCGCAUCUCGCGCCUGUGGGCCGCCGCCUUGCAGGAAGAGUGGGCGGUCCAGGCGAGCAUCGAGACGAGCUUCGGCCUGCCCGUGACGGUCAUGACGCAGGACCCGAACGACGCCAAGGCGCAGGCCAAGGGCCAAGUCGGCUUCAUCGACCUGUUCUGCAAGCCGCUCUUUGGCGCCAUGGCGAGCGUCGUCGACGAGUUCGCCGACUUUGUGGAGAAACUGCGCGAUGGACGGGCGGCGUGGGAGGCGAUCUCGCUCCGCACCGACGAGGCGUUCUCGCAGCCCGUGACCAACGAGUGGACGUUCCCGGCGGCGCCACCGGUACGACGCUCGACGCCCGACGAGUCGGCCCCGAGCUCCGUCUCGUCGUCCGCCCCGACCGCACCCGCACCCGUCUCGGCAUCGCUGUCGCCGCCCAUCGAGCUCGCCGAGGGCUCGAACGCGUCGUCGACCGACAUCACGCCGACCGCCUCGGCCCUGCCGACGCCGAGCCUGCCCGCCUCGAAAACGGUCGCCCUCCCGAUCGACACUCGCCGCGUGCGACCCACCCCUCUGCGGCCCGCCCUGCAUCGCCCGUCGCACAAGCGCCAGACCUCGACGGGCUCGUCGACGUCGAACCAGUCGCCGCUGUCGCCGUCGUUCGCCGGCUCGCCCUGGAGCGCGGCGACGGGCUUCUCGGCCUUCUCGCAGCUGUCGUCGGGCUCGCCGGGCAACAACGGGCCGCAGACGGCCGACUCGGCGUCGUUCUCGCUCACGCGGUACGGCAGCGUCGACCCGAUCGGCGGCUCGCUGUCGUCGUCGGCCAACGAGCGCGAGCGUGAGCGGUUCCAGAUGCGCUCGGUGUGCGGCGGCGCGUGCAUCGUCGGGACGGCCAUGUGCGAGGUGUGCGCAGCGGCGCAGCGACGAGGGUCGCUCGGCAGCAACGCGUUCGACGAGCGCGACCGGCUCGACGACGAGGACGACGACGACGACGAGCUCGAGGGGCUCGAGCUCGCCGAGGACGCCGACGUGUGGCCGCCGCAUCCUUUCCAGCCGACCAAGCUCGCCGUCACCGUCGCACCUGUCGCCUGAUCCACCUCGCCCUCGACUCGCACCUCGACUCGACCCUCGGUCCCUCCCUCAUCCCCCUCAGCAUCACCCGCAUCGCCCUCGCCGUCCUCCUAGACCAUGCGUCUCUGUGACCUGUCUGUCUUCAUCUCGCCCUGCGUCGCCUUACCUGUGCCGCCUAGCCGCCUCCUUGUUGUCCCUGCCCUCGGACGGCGAGUCGUCGUUCGUCCCACCCUCUCGACUCGCGUCCCCGUUUACCCCCCCCUCGCUACUCUCUGUGGCCCUGUAUCCGUAGCCAGUCCACGUAGCGUGCACUGGAGCCUGCUCUCCCUCA